AUGAUGACAGCUACAGAAAUCCAGUUUCAUCACUUCACAGAAGAAAACAGGAGGACAGCUCUAAGGUGUGCAAUAAUCCCCUGUAAUCCCCUGAUUUAGACUCAAACAAGGACUUCUUUUAACACAAUAAGACCGGAGUGUAAGUCUGGACACACAAGAUCACAAAAUGGUUGACACUCAGUCUUGUUGUCCGUCCAGAAACUCAUGUUUCAUCACCAUCUGCUGGACGAUCUUUGGUGUAUUCAUCCAGACUCCAUAACUCACUGAAACCUUUGAGCCUAAACUUAAAAUCCGUUUUUAACUGGGUAUCAGUUUAGAUCACAGGAUUAAUCACAAUCAUCUUGUAAAGUUCUGCAAUAAAUCACUAUUAAAAAUAUACAUAAUCGGACAUCCCAAAAAACUAAAAAAUAUAAACUAAUUUAUGCACAAGUUCACCAAGGCUCAGUCGUGUCAUUCCUCCAGAAAAUAAACACAAAAAUCUUCCAAAUUUAAAAAGAAAAAUCCUUCAACUUCAAUCAAAUCAAACAAAAAUAAAGAUUUUUAUGUUUUGUGUUUAAGAGUAAACUGAGACACCAGUCAAUCAUCUCCUGAAGUUUCCACGCUGGAAUAAAGCGCCUAUCUCAGCCGGCACGCUCAGUGUUUUCCUCCAAACCUCGUUCAUGUUUUUCUGGCUGCAAUUAGACACACAUUAGACACGAGGAACCAUUAAAUACAAAUCCCUCUUUUCUCCUCAGUGGCUUUGGCACGGCCAUUCUUCCGCAGUUAUCAGAAAAACACAGACCCCCGUUUCUUUUUCCAGACACACACCCGGCUAAGACGCUGUCAGUCAUCUCAGAGGUUUUAUUGGCACAAACAGACAGAAAUAAAAAACACAAUGAGAAAUCGAGAUAGUUAGAGGGCAAGCCGAGCGCGGCAAAUAACACCAUCUGUUCACGCAGAAGAGUUUCUACAUUUUCUCCACAAACCAGAGGAGGCGGUUUGAUCUGGACGCGCUCAGGGUUUGACGUCUGUCCCCUGGAGAUAUCCUCCACCAUAGAAUACAGUCAUCACCGUUAUAAUGAGGACUGCUGACUUCAUGUUCUGCUUAUUCUGAGCAGUGAAUGAAUCGAGCAGGUGUAUCCGCUCUUUGCAACCACAACAGACAGCCGUGCAAACUUCUGACUGCCUGAACCUCGCUCUGAGCUAAAGAGGUCUUCAGAGGAGUCCAAAUCCUCCAGGUCAGUCCAGGUCUUUAACAUGUCAAAGAGGAGAGGAACCAAAUUAAGUCCAAAUGAGAUGCACUGCAGACGGCGCUCUAGAACCAAGACUCUGAUGGUUUUAAACGUGCAGAUCUGGACGCCGUUUCAACGCUCGUCAGUGGGUCUGGGGAGGAGGGUGGAGGGGCUAAACUGCUGCAUCUGCAGAAUUCAAACUCUACGUGGUUAAGACGAUUAUAUUCUGAAUCCCAAAAAAAGGGGACAGGACUGUAAAGGGGCGGAGUCAUGUAGUCAUGCAUGGUUAAUUUUGAGAUUUUUUCUGGUCAGAUCGAGUGUUUCUGUACGCGCUAAAAACUCGAUAAGUCCACGUGACACAAACUCAAAACUACCAUAAAAAAACCACGGACAUUUGAAGGAUUUUAUAGACUCCCCCAGUCAGAGCCGGACAGCCCCCCAAGAAGAGGACAUGUCCGGGUAAAAGAGGACGUAUGGUCACCUUACACAUGGUGGACUUCGCAGAGCCAAACAACCGUGCAGACACUUCCCAAGACAACACAAGUUUCCUCUAGUGUUGGGCGAUACGACGGUGUAAAAAAGGGAGACCUCAUCUGGACGACCUUCACCUCUGAGUUCAGACACUUAGCGUGACUGACCUCAGACACAGUCUCCACUGAAAUCAGUGCUGGAAGUGUUGAAAUAAAUCGCCAAUGAGACUCAAUUCCUGCCAACUGCACCAACCAACAUCCUGCACAGAUUUCUCAAUCCUGUUAAAGUCUGUUUCUGCAUUUUAGUUUUGUAAUGAACCAAAGAAAUGACGGCAUUGAUGCAGCAGACUUACACACUGCAUGAAAAAUGACGCCUGCUUUUGUAAUCGCAGGUGAACACAAUAUCUGGAAAGUUGGCCUGGUGAUAUCUUCAGGGACCGUUGAACAAACAGUUUGUGUUUAAAUACCAUUUAUGUGCAGGAUAUGUUUCACAAAGCACAACAUGACCUCGCAGAUUUCCCGUCUGUUACUCAACCAAAGCUUUGUGACUCAUUUCAUAAAUGGUCAUUGUGUUUUUUUCCUCAUUGAAAGAGUCUGAAUCAUAUAUCCAACCAUAGGAACGUAGAGCUGAAAAUAACAACGCCAGGCACUUCAUUAAAAACAGAAAUAUCAGACGGGUGAAUUGGCCUGAUCUGCAGAGAUAUGUUGGAAGAUUUAUAACACGCUUGCAGGGCGGAUAAAAGAAGAGAUCUGGCGAGGAUAGCAGAUGUUGAAAUUCAGAUGGACGUGCACGCGCAUAAUAAGAGCGGGCUCUGAAUAAACAAGGAGGAGGGAUAGACAGAUCGAUGUAAAGCUUAUCAGAGACCCUAAAGCAAGGAGAGUUUGCAAACUCAACUCUUAGCAAGUGUUUCUGUCUCUUAUUCGGAAUAAUCUGAGCAGCUGAGAGGAUCUGGUGGUGCUGGAGUAAGAUCUGAUCGGCGAGAAUUACGACCCGAUAAAGUCCAGAAACAUUCCUGAAAGCAGCUCCUCUCCGAAAAAAAGGCUUUUCAGUCAAAACAGCAAAAACAACAUUUACACACACACACACACACACACACACACACACACACACACACACACACAUGCUGAGUAACUGAGCCGAGGGAAAACUUCCUCUGACAUUUUUCACAUUCCGGAGAGUUACACACACACACAAAGAGAGAGAGAGAGAGAGAGAGAGAGAGUGUGUGUGUGUGUGUGUGUGUGUGUGUGUGUGUGUGUGUGUGUGUGUGUGUGUGUGUGUGUAUAAAACACAGACAGACUGACAGACUGACACAGAGUUGCUGCAGGCGGACUCCGUCAGUGUUGAGUCACUUCUCUCAGAGCGUCAAAAACACAGCAGAGGUUAAAUGUGCAGCGAGGAGUCGGGCUGAUGAAGAGGAGCUGAAUCUGAGCGCCCGGGUGUUUCAGGUGAGGUACAUGACGCUUCUCUCUUUUAUGUCCUUUUCUAACCCUCUGUUUUGUCUCUUUGUAGUUUUUUUUAAUAUUUAUAUAUAUACAUUUUAGGACCGUAAACGAGCUCUACUCUCAUCCAUGAUAUCAGGGGUUUUAGGACCGAAGCUUCAAACUUUUUUGGGAUGUGACAGUAAACCUCUGAAACUUCAGACUCUUUAAAAAAAAGGCUGAUUUGCUGCUCAUCAUUUGGCAGAAUUGGGUCACAAACAGUUUUUCUUCAGGAAGGACUGCUCUGAAAUCUUUCCAACCUAGAGCCGAGUUACUCAGAGGGAAAGUGCAGAAGUUCAUCAACUAUCAGAUGUUGUAUGUUUGAACUCUUGACCUAUUUCUAUGUCGUUUAGCUGGGAGGUUUAAACCUUCAGUGAGUCGCUGCAAACCUGCAUGAUCAGAGAGGGCCUUCAGACUGUAUAAAAAAGGUCUUUCUGGGGGGAAUGAAAGGUUACAGCUUCCUGUCUUGAUCAUACUUCCUCUGUUUUAAUAGAAAUCUGCUCACUCUAUCUGUACAAAAAUUACGUUUAAGAAAAGGAGGGUGGAAAAAAACUCAUGAGUAUAAUUCCUUCAGGGAUGAACCUCUUUGAGGGGAACUGUGAGUCUGUAUUAGAAACCAGGAUCCACCGUCACAACAAAACUUCAUUACAAAUAUCUGUAAUUUUCCCUCCAUGAUGAAGUUGCUGCUGUAAUUCAGACUCAGUCAGUCAUGCAAGAACCCAAACAAACAGACAAACCCGCGUCACUCCUCUGUAAGGUGAAAUUACUGCCUUCCCUUUCUGUUGAGUGUGCGGGCUCAGAAUUGUCUGGGUGGAGUUUCAAAACAAAACAUCUUCAGCUGCUGCUCUUACUCGUCUUUUUAUCCCAAUUUGGAUAUUUGCAGCAAAAUAGUCAGAUAAAUUCCUUGUAUGAUUUCAAAGUCUUAGUUUAAACCCUCAAAAAUAUGGAAAAACAACCAAAAUUAUCCACUAAACCAAAAUCUUAUUGCAUGUUUCAGCCUUUAAUUUUGUUUUUUUAUCAACACUUACAGCUCAGUUUUCUCACCUAUAACUCGGCUAUGUUAACGUCACUGUGGCGUCUCCUUGUCCACCCUAUUGGUCACCCUGAACCAUGACUGGAUAUUUGCCUAAUAGGAGCUAGCACUAAUAAUUAACCGAACUAUUCAGGUUGUAUUUUGACAAUCUGAAACCAGUUCCUUUUCUUUGUCCAGUGGUGAAUUUGGACAGUCGUCUUCAUAGUUUUAAUGGUUCACCUUAACAUUUCUUUUAAUUUAAAGUAGUUGAAGUAGUUGUGAUUAGUUGCAAGACAACUCUCCAAGGUUUGGGAUAAGCCUGUGGCGUUUGGGUGCCUGGUCACAAAGGCUGUCUGUUUUUCAAAAAAUCAACUUUGAAUGAAAAUCAAACAUGACAAGCAAAUGUUCAGAUACUUUUGAAAUUUUCUUCCUAGCAGUGAUAGUUUUAUCCGAAGCCUCUGGCGUAGAAAAGAGAGCCAUAUAGGGUUGAACAUUUGCUUUUACGCUGCGUUUGAAGCCAUCAAGCGAGAUACUCUGUACAACAUCCACAUACAGCUCUCUCCCUUUGUCUUUAUUUACAUUAUAGAUCUAUAAGUCUAUUAACCAUUUUCUCCAUUUUUGUAGAAUAAUAUCACUUUAUAAGUUAACUGAGGUCAAGUUAACUGAGAGAAGUCGCUAUCCAUUUUCCGAUUUUGGAUUCUAAAACGGAUAUGGAAUGAACGAAUGAUACACUGAUAACAAACACACAUAUUAGGGUAUUGUGCAGGUUGUAUGUUGAACCAGAAGGAGUGAACUGCCGCUUCAGUUGAACUCAUGAGAUUCACUUUGAUUGAAAACACUCAUGAACUGAAUGAGUCACAUCCUUGAUGGGGAAGUGAAAGAGCCAAACUCUGAAUCCUGUGCCCAAGUUUAGUUUGGCACAGAUAUACGAGGUUAAACCAGAUUAAGCUUCCUUCCUCAUGACACUCGAUUACCCAGCAGCACUUCACUGCAGAGCACUGCGGUCAAACUGAGAUGCAUUGAGGAAAAGGACAGGGUGAAUAAAGAUGCUCACGACUCUACAAGCCUCUGAUAGUACCUGAAACUCUUAUCUGGUAAUUUUAGUUUUACGCCCACCUCUUCUUACCUGCAGGUGAGGAGUUGACUGACAAGUCUCAGGAGGAAAUAAGUGCUCUCUGAUGACUUUGGAGGGAGGAUUAUUUAUAAGAAUAACAAGAAUCGUUACACAAGUUUGUUUCUGGUCCAAGGACAUCAUUUCAAAACAAAGGUGUGAAAUCCAACAGGUGUUGUGACCUAAUUAUUUGAGAACAUUUUUAAGCUCUCAGGGUUUAAAGGACGAAGACAUUUAAAGUUUCAUUAUGUUUAUUAUGAGCAAAUAAAAGUGUGUGUCAGGGUCCUGACCACCGUAAAAAAAACUAAAAUUUAACUUUCAAAACUAACCUACUUUACUACAUUACAUUAAAUUGAUCAUUUUGAUGAAUAAAAUCGAGAUAUUUGACAGUAAAAAUUUUCACUUCUUGUAAAAACAGAACUUUUUGUUCAGCUGCUCCUGGCGCUGGUUUCAGGCAUAAAAAGUUAAGAUAUAGAUACACUCGGUCGUGUUUGCUUUUAGGCAACAUAAAAGUAGUUUUAGUCAAUUUCAUAAAGGUCAAAAAACUCCUCAUUGAAGCUUUAAAUCUGACAUUAAAAUUAAAAUCAACAUUUCUAACUCUCACUGAAGUCUAAAUUAUUCACUUUUUUCCAGCAGAAAUCCUCAGUAGUCUUGUAAACUCAACCAGAUUUUGGCUCUGUUAGGGAACGGAUCAUCUGUUUAGUUUUUAUUUUGCAUUCAGUUACUGCUAAAUACUGAUAAGCAUUAAUUUACUGCCAACAAAACACAUCUCACUCUACCUUUAGACAAUUAAAAGUGAUUAAAUUUGAGUCAUUAGUUUUAAUCACAACAUUUUCUCUCUUUAAACCACUUGAACACGUUUCAGCUGAUCGAGGUCAUUCAGAGUUUUUAACUCUCUGGACACUUUUACUUCUUAACUAUUAUCUUAGUGAGUCAUUCAGCCUUAAUAACCUCCCACACGAUUCGCUGCUGCUUUUCUUCCUCCAGGAUCUUCAGUUCUGAUUCGCCGAGGUUGUUUUUUUUUGGAGCAUGUGAAUAAUCGGACCAAAAUCGACCCAAGUGACCCAGUACUGCAGCCAAAAACUCCUUUUUUUUAAACUAAUUCCCUGAGAAGGCCAAAAAAUAACCUCCGAGCGUCCCAUGUACGAGUGUUUCCUGUGAGACUAAACCCUGAUGCAGCUUUUUCUGUUCCCCCAAACUCCAGCAUUGAGCAACAUGCUAUUUUAAUCAUCCGGCAAACAUACCUUUGGGAAGCACACUUCCUCAUUGCUGCUGCCCGUAGUUUUUUGGUGACAAUGAAGCUUUGUGCUGCAGAGGCGUGAUUCAUCACAGCUACAAAAGGAGACACACACAGUCAUUGUUGGUUUUGGUAUCAUGCGGGGAUUAGUUAAUGAGAAAAACAGAACUAAUCCUGGUCUUACCUUUGAAGACACCUGUAUCCUCGGGCAAUCGAAGGCUUAGCUGUUGGCCUUUUUGCAGCUUAAGGUUUUCAGCAGUGAGUCCGUACUGCCAGGAUGGAAACUGUUUUAGUUUUACUCCUGAACAACUGCAAAGCGUGGAGCCUGUGCAUACUCUCCGCAGAAUCAGCUCCGCUCAGGGAGUCACAAACUGCAGGUUUUAUUUGGAGUAAACUCGAGCCGAAGCCGAGGCUCCUGAGAUUUGUUGGGAUUUGUUUGUGUUCUGAAGUCAGCAGAUCCCAGCUGCUGUUUGGCCUUUCCAGACCCCUCAGACUGUUUGAUCUGUAAGGUGUAGCUCAGUCUCUGAGUUUUGUGUUGUAAACUUUUUGCAGAUGUAUGUGUCAAACUCAGACAGGAAACCCAUUUUUUUAUAUUUCAUUUUGUUUUUCCUGGAAAUGUGUGUAGGCAGGGCUCCCUCUGCCAGGCAUGCUUAAGUCUGACACCUCUUCAUAUUAAAAAGAAAUAGAUUUGGUUUGUCGAUGCAGGAAAUCUUGCUGAGUCACUGUGAGACUACAGCUCGACUCCUGUUGAGGUUAUUUCCUUUUCUCAGGAUGAAAAUUUGUCAAAACAACAGAAUGAAGCAGAAACAGGAGCAGCUUCUGGUUUUAGUAGACUCUGUAUGAGCAGGUAUUUAAUCACCCCAUCGUGAUACAUUACAGUAUGAUCCAAUAUACGAUGAUCCAAGAUACGAUGCGAUACAAUACAACUAGGAAUGGUCAUUUUAAGAAAGUCCCUCAAUAGAUUAAUCAUGUGUAUUAAUUAUCGAUCAUCAAUUUUGAUCUUUUUUAUGGGAAUAGCAGAAAAUACACAAAAAAACUGCACGCUACAUUCUCACUCGCACCUCAUACCUGCCUGGCUGCCCUAACAACUUUUGUUCAAGUCUCCUCACAACUUACUUUUUUAUUUUUUGUUCAUUCUUGAAAUGCUAAAAUCGGGGACAUUUCCGGGGACAUCUUUAGUCAGAGACAGGUCAUCCAAAAACAAGGACUGUCCCCCGGAAUCAGAGACAUCUGGUCACCCAACAGUUCUGUUUUUCUAGCAAGGGGCUGAGAGGGCUCGGAGGAUUCAUUAACCUCAGUCAGAUGUACUUGGUUAAAAUGGUCCAUCAUUGGGGUCGUUGUCGUGUUGUACUUGUACACGACAUCGAAGUGUUCGCAGCGAACCUCAUCAUUUUUCUGCUCGAAAUGGUCCCACACCACAGAGGAUGGACGCACGCUCUCAGACCUUUUUCAAUAACGUUAGAUCGAUUUAAAUUUUGCCGGGUUGAUGUAAUUUUUAACGAUCAAUUAAUCGCUCAUCGAUUAAUCGUUCCCAUUCCUAGAUACAACACAACAAGAUACGAUACUACAUGAUACGACAAGAUAUGAUGAGAUACAAUAAAACACGAUACUAUGCCAUGCGAUUCCAUGAUACAAUACGACAUGACAUGAAAUGAUAUAUGAUAGGACACGAUACAACAAGAUAUCGUGUCCUACAACAAGAUACAACAUGAUACGAUAUGAUGUAAUCCAAUUUGUCAUGAUGCAAUAUAAUAUACGAUAGGACAGGAAUGACAUGAGACAAUUAUACCCAUGAUUCCCAGCAUUUCCGGUGAUUUCCUGUCAUUCUUUCUGAGGAGUGAAGGUCUGUGACGGUUCGGCUGCACUUGUUUUGUCUCAGCAGCAAACGUCAAACUCUUGCGUCACGUCCACUCUACAGGCGGUGAAAGCAGCCCGUGUUUGUGCAACGGCUCGUCUCUGCUCAGUGUUUACUAUCUGGGUGGUUUUCUGUUUCCUUGUUUGGUGCUUCAGAGAGAUCACUCUCCAGUUUUUAAGAGUUUGUGUCUUGAGUCAAGACUCACAACUUCUACAGAUAAGUGUUUCAGGUUUUUCCAGAAGGUCCAAACUUGAAACAAAGACGACACAGAUGAUAGAUCUGAUCUGUCAUGACCUGUGCAGUGUCAGUUGUUGGUGAUGGUUUUAGCACAUUUAACUUAAAGCCUCUAUACUUUACACACAAACCUUUACUGGUUUCCUCUGCUGGGUUAGGAAAAUGAAUUUACUCACACUGUUACGUUGGCUCCUGAGUCGCGUCAUAAAACAGCUGUUAAUUUACACAACAAACCCACCAGUCAUGAAUUUCCCGUUGACCACAAAGCAGACAUGCCCAGACAUGCAUCACAUUUACUGUAAGACGUUGACUUGCUGCUUUCUGAAAGUGAAACCAAAACUUCUAUGAUAUAAAUCGGGAAUCUACAGUAUCUCAACAAGAAAGGAUUUGUCGUCUGAUUCAAGACAUUAAUCACUGAAAAUAAAACCUAAACUUUGGGUUUAAACUUUCUUGAAGUUUGACUCAAUUCCCUUCAAAAAGAGAAACGUCUUGUUUAUUCUUUAUUUCAUUUGCAGAUUUGUUUUUACUCACUACAAGAAGCUCAUGUCUUAUUCUUGGCAUGUGAGCGUUUAAUAAGACAUUUUUCUGAACUUGAUGGGUACAUGUGGUUAAAUCAUUGCAGAGAUCUUAGAUUUUGCACGGUAGUUUGGUGUCCAGAUUUGAGGGGAGCUGCAUUAGGAGGAGAAAAAAAGCAUCCUAAAUAACAUUAAAAUGCUCCUGAGAGCUCAGGAAAUUGCACUCUUUCUACAGGGAAGCUUUAAUUUGCAGCACCUCGAUGAAUAGAGAAUUAAACUGUAACUAAUAACAGCUCAGACAAAUAUAAUUAGAGUUUGGUUUCCACACCGCUGAAUACUUUCCUAGACGAGCCUGAAGCUGAGAGCAGCAGCUUCACUGAAUAAAUGUACAAAAGACAAAACAAGACCAUGUAGUCCAAUCAGGAGAGUCACUGUUCAGAUUUUAGAGUCCUGAAAGAUAAGGAUGUUUUCAAAGUUUGGAUUUGGCCAGGAACCAACAACCUUUGGCUGCCCUUGUCUUUUCAGUGUUACUCAUUAACAGGACAAUAGCAUGUAGGUGCAGUCAGAGCACGUUAAAACAGUAGGCAUUGUUUGAGCUCAAUAAGUGUUGAAAAUCCUCCCUUAGACUCACAACUUUACUGGUUUAUCCAUAAAACUGCAAUUACCUUUUUUCAAAUACAAUCAACAACUGAAACAGAGUCGUUAAGUCGAACAGAAGGUGGAAAUUUCUUCUGUGUACCAUGAAAUUGAGCUUCCACACCGAGGAUGAUGCGACAUGUCGAAGCAGGAGAAGCCCCGGGUGAAACGGAUCACAUUAACCGCGGCUCUGUUCCAAGUAAACGCAGCAAAAAGCCGUAACUGUGCGACAGCAUGUGCAACGCUGAGGCCCAGAUGAAAUUUACACACAGCGAGUGACGCUGUUAAUCAGACCUGUUUAACGUGUCAAAUGUCCGUGACGAGAAAAAGAAAUUGCUUCAUGCUGGAUGAAAGCAAGAGUCAGAUUUUCCAUCUGUCGUCCUCAUGAGUCAGCGGACGAGUGUGAAAAAAAGAAACAGGUGUGACUAAGAAUGUCACAGCUCAUUUGUUUGAGCUUGUCCUGCUGUGACGAGUCAAAAUAUCUGCUGUGACUGGAACAUUAAGAAAGAAACGGCUUCUGCAGGUUCGAUGAGGAGGACAUUUCUGAGGAGACGUCAAGAGGUUCAUGUGACCUUCACCUUUCCAGAGAUGGUAUCUGCACCGUACUUUCCUGUUAGUAAACAAUAAAGGUUAUCAGUUAUAUCUGAGACAUUUUACUUUCUUUAUCUUCAGUUUAUGAUUAACGGUCUGAGAAUGACACGUGAUGACAGAUCGAUGUAGAGUGCGUGUUCAAAAGGUGCUUUACUCCUGCUGCAAACUGCAGUUCCUCGAGUGUCCACUUGAGGCUGAUCACGGACAUCCACAUCCAUUCAAAACUGCGCGUCUUUUAGGGCUGCAGCUAUUAAAUAUUUUAUUAACCGAGUUUUCUAUCGAAUAUUCGAUCGAUUACUAGAGUAAUCGGACCCAAACUGCAGACUCACACACAGUGAGAUUUCCUACGUCACAAAUCCAAGCUCCGCCCCCGGAUUCCCGCUACGCAGGCCAGACUUGGAGAAGUAGAGAGGACGAUCACGGAACAAACAUGUGCGUUAGCGGAUUGCAGAGCUCGUAACAAAGCUAAUUAUGAUAUUAACUUUCAUCAUGUCCAUAAAGACAUCUAUAGAGCUCUUUAAAUACGACCACAGCUGACACUAAGUGCUGUACGUAAUAACAUAAAACAAAAAUAAAUAGUUGUUUUAAAAUAUGAUAAAAAGCGAUAAAACAAAUGCCGUCUCAUGCUGGGUCAAAAGCCAAGGAGUAAAAGAGGGAUUUUAGACGGGUUUUAAAAACGGACAGUGAGGGAGCGUGUCACCUUGAAAAUAAUCCGUGCGAAACAGUGACGAUUUCAGCUUAUAAACAAGUACUCAAGAACUCGAAAAUUCCUCAAUCUUUAUUUUUAAAAGCGGUAUUCGAGGAACGGUUUCAGCCCGAGAAUAUUUACAGCAAAAAUAAACAUGUUCGCAGCUGGAUACUAUAAACGUUAAAAGUUACUGUUAAAAGUUUGGAAAUUUUGAGGCAAGGCUGGGGACACUGCAGCUAAUAGUUCGGAGGCUCAAGAACUCAAAAAUUAGGCUGAGUCAGCGUUUACAGCUCUGACGCUGCUUCAAAACCCUGAGCGUGUUUUACCAGUUAAACAUGAGGAAAAAUCUGCAGUUUUGAAACAUAUUUAACUUUAAUCUCUCGGCUCAAGGCACCGACUUUAAAAUCCAAAUCGCCUUUUAAAAGAUGACGUGGGUGGAGUAGUUUUUAUUUCCUCUAAAACAAAAGGACUAACACGUAAAAACUGGUUUAGUCUCCUUGUCAAGUUAGUGUAUUUCUUUACAACCAUUUGAGGUUUUAGCAUGUAGCAUGAUUUAGUAAAAUAUAUAAUUCAUAAUUUCAUGACAUAGAAUCUUAAAUUUAGCAGCUUUGUCUUAGAGCACUAUUAGAGACUUAGAUAAACAGUUUACGGACAUGAUGUGCUCCUGUAACACCAGCUGAACUGUCCCUGAAAGUGUCCUGAUGUGGUUUAAACACGUGAUGACGUUAACCGAUGUUGUUUGGUUCCACUCCUGACUUUUUCCUGUAUAUGGAGUUAAAAGUACUGAAUAGUUAGAGAUCACUCGAUGUAAGACGUAAACAGAUCAGCUCGGGAACAUGCGGAGGAGGGACUGAAUGACCUGGGAGCAGAGUAAGUGGAGCUGUGUUUGUGUGUAACAUAUAUAAACACUGAGCAUCAUUAAACAGGAGGAAAGGACGGAUUAAUGUGCAGAACGGACACGACGGCAGAGCGGUUUCCACCAUUUAUCGACUGUUAGGUAAAUAUCAGAGGUCGUAAUCGAGCCUCGCUCGUCAUCCAUAUCAGAGAGAUGUCAGAGUUUAAUCAAUACGAGUCAUUUAUUCUUCGGUUAUUUAGUUCAGCAUCACCUGUUCACACCACAGAAGAGAGAGAGAGAGAGAGAGAGAGAGAGCAGCUCACAUGUGUCUGAAAAACACUGAGACGACACCUGCUGAAACACCUUCAGUCCUGCUGAAUACAGUAUGUACACUUUCUUUCUUUAGCAUCUGGUGACUGUUGUGUUGUACAGUUAAUGCAGGCUUAAUUAAGUCAGACAAUACAGAGUAGAGCUUUGCAGGGCUGAGCACGGGCGGUGCAGAGAUAUCACCAAGCUUGUUUUUGAUGAUCUCACUGCACUAUGUAGGUCAUGAGGAGGCAUCAGUGAGAGUGAGGCUGUGAAACACUCAGUUCAAAACUCCUCUAAGGUGUGCUGGACUUCAUCGAGAGAGCAUGUUAAAGGCGAACUAAGACCUUUAUCUGUUCGGGGUGAGCAGAGGCGUCUUAUUGGGGGUCAAAGCACUGAUGUGAGAUCCCUAAAGGAGUCUGCCUACAGGGGUCUGAACUCAGGGGUCGUAACAUGCCCCUAAAAAACUUUUCUAAAGUUUGAUAUUUUAUGAGAUUGGUGAAAUCUCUGUCUCAAUAGCGCCCCCACUACUUUAACUUCCCAGUAUGUUUUACGCUCAGUAAAUGUGUAAUGCCAAGACCUGCAAAAACGACAAUUUGAGGCCAUUAAAGAUUAAAGAUAUUACAAGAUUUUCGGUGCGUUAAAAGGUGUGACUGUACCUUCAUGUAACCGAGCUUGUAGCUUCAGUCUGUUUCCAACACAAAUCAUCUGAAUAUUUAUGCAGUUUUAUUGGAUAAAUCUUUAAUGGAUGUCAAUCAACUGAAAUACAAGAUAUGACCUUUAACUUUGCUUUUUUUAAAUCCCUCAUUUUUAAUAUCAUAUUUAUGCUAAUGCACUGUUUUAAAAGGAGAUAUGGACUUACACAUGCGUCACAAACAUCUAGCAAAUUUCACCAAAGAAUUCUUGAACUUCUGCACAAAGUCAGAGAAUCAUAUAUUUACAAAUCAUUCAUAUUAAUGUGUUUUAACUGUUAGUGCUGGGAGUUUGUGAUUUGGCAGAUAUGGUAAGUUUCUCAGACAAACACCGAAGUUUCAUCACCUCUAUUCACUGCAGAAUAAACUGGAUUCAAUGCUGCUCACGUCCCAUUUGACAGGACUUCUUUAGAGCGAGGAAGGGCCUGAAUACAUGCACACAACGAUUUGCAUUCAGAGGUUUCGAUAUAUUUGACGGUUAAAAAGAAAAAAACAUUGUGUACUUUGUGUGUGUGUGUGUGUGUUGUUUCCGAGAAAAAGGAGUGUAUCUGUUAAACAAUAAGACUUGGAGGAAAGCUGAAACAUUUCCUUCCUCUCUGUUUAGUUAUUCAUUUCCCACGGCUGACUGUGCUGCAGCACCUGCUCAGCUGGGUCUGAGGAUGAACAGCGUCUCUGUUGCCAGGCAGCGCCAGUAUUUACACUUUCAACAUGACAGGGUUUGUAAAAAUAAUAAUGUCUCUUGGGUGCAAAGAAAACAAAUGUUUUCCCUCCUCAGUGGCUGUGGGGGAAAUUCCCACUCGUAUUUCCGGCUCAGAGCUGGCAGUAGGUCAAACACACGUGAGUAAUAACACUCUGGGAAUGAGACGUAUACUCAGCAUGUAAACACACAGAGCUGCAUGAGUAGUUGUUGCAGACAAGCUUACACAUCAUAAACCCUGCAAACACACCUGUAUUUGAUCAGCACAGCAAUAGCAACAUACCUCCCCUCGGACGCUGCACAGAUAAACCUCCUCCAGGAUCAAAUAGAUAACAGGAUAUUUCUGACCCUUUAUUAAUUUACAGGUAGGUCUGCCGACGACACAGAGCAGGGAGGUUUUUACAAAGACAGAGCUGCUCGUUCAUCAACCGCCAACCUCUCCGGUAUGCAACUCCUAACCUCUCACAGUUUUUCAGCUCCCUUCAAAACAAGUCAGCGACGAGAUCUGUGUGGAUCUCUGAUUAAUCACAGCGUCUCUAAUUAGGCUCACCUGUCUCUCAUUACUUACCUACCUAAAGUAUUCAGUCUGUGCUGUCCCUGUUUCUGUACCAAUCCAUCUCAAACCAUCUUAUGAGGGGGAGGGGGACAGUUGUGUAGUUUAUGUCUUCUGUAUUUUUCAUUCCUGACUUUGAUAGAUAUCUGUUAAAGGUGGGGUCGGCAGGAAUCCGUUAAAGAAGCAUCUUUUUUGUGGUGUAUAAACAAAAAAACUUUUACUAUCAGUCAACAGUUAUUAGUUAUUGAUGACAUUUGGGAAUAUCACGAUAUCGCUGUGUUUUGUUAUGUCUAAGUAGUCAACAUUUUAAAUUUUCAGAGCGCUCUGCACUUUCUGACUGUAAACAAAGCCGUUCUUCGCCUCCCCCAACCUGAUUGGUGGUGAGGCAGACGCUGCUCCCCCGUGUCGUUCAGGAGCCCAAUCAAAGUUAGCGUGCUACAAUAUCGGACAGUAGAAACCAACCAGAAAGUUCGGAAAAUUGUCUGAAUCCUCCUUUGGCCACGACUGCCGACACAAGCAAGAAAACACUCAAACAUAAACAGUCAGCAAGAAAACAGUCAGCAAAAAAACAGUCAACACCAAAACAGUCAACAAAAAACAGUCAACACCAAACCAGUCAACAGGAAAACGGUCAGCAAGAAAACAGUCGACAAGAUAACAGUCAACAAGAAAACAGUCGACAAGAUAACAGUCAACCAUAAACAGUCAACAAGAAAACAGUCAAACAUAAACAGUCAGCAAGAAAACAGUCAGCAAGAUAACAGUCAACAAAAAACAGUCAGCAAGAAAACAGUCGACAAGAUAACAGUCAACAAGAAAACAGUCGACAAGAUAACAGUCAACCACAAACAGUGAACACCAAAACAGUCAGCAAGAAAACAGUCAGCAAGAAAACAGUCAACCAUUAACAGUCAACAAGAAAACAGUCAACAAGAAAACAGUCAACAAGAAAACAGUCGACAAGAUAACAGUCAACCACAAACAGUGAACACCAAAACAGUCAGCAAGAAAACAGUCCACACCAAAACAGGCAACAAGAAAACAGUCAGCAAGAAAACAGUCAACACCAAAACAGUCAACAAGAAAACAGUCAACAAGAAAACAGUCGACAAGAUAACAGUCAACCACAAACAGUGAACACCAAAACACUCAGCAAAAAAACAGUCAUCAAGAAAACAGUCAACAAGAAAAUGCUGCUCCCCCGUGUCGUUCAGGAGCCCAAACAAAGUUAGCGUGCUACAAUAUCGGACAGUAGAAACCAACCAGAAAGUUCGGAAAAUUGUCUGAAUCCUCCUUUGGCCACGACUGCCGACACAAGCGAGAAAACAAAGUAAAUACCGGAGACUCUGGAGGAAUAACGGGCGCUUAAAACGGAGGUAGACCGGACAAGAGCUAAAAAGCCGGGUCAACAUAAACGAUGGGGGACGCUUGGGGAUCUUGGUGACCCUGUAACCUUUCUGCUGGACAGGUAAACCGCUUUAACAAAGUAAGACAAGUGUCUGUAACAGAAGUGUUUCUUGUCAAACGGACCUGCUGUAGCGUGUUGUAGCGCCAUCGCUAAACUGUCCUCCCUCGGGUCCUGGACUAUGUCACUUUAUCCUAGUUGUAGAAGUCCUGCAAACAUUGUGUUUGCUGGUAGUCUGUUGGCAUCUACAGUAGCACCAAUGCUUUUGACUUUCACCUUGUAUUUAUGUGCAUUAUAUCUGAAUUUAAUUGGAACGAUACGGGCGAGCAGGAGCGUCUGUUUGUGGGCGGGGCUUGAGGAGAGAGGAGGAGCUGAGGGGUAGAGUUUACAUUCAAGAUUUCUCCUAAAAACUGUCACUUCCUCAGAUCCUGCCUACCCCACCUUUAAGUUGAUAUAUUUCCAUUUCUUGUAUUCGUCACCCCAGGCUCAAAAUCUUGUAGCUUCCAAAUUGUUCAGUGUUAAAAAAAAGUUACUGGAUUGUGAAAAAUAUGAGCUCACUGUAAGUUUAACUCAAGCAACAAGUUUAAAAAGUUACGACGUUUUUACUUUUGUAAUUCAUCACCUCUUCUUUAAAAAUCGAUCAGUUAACGUUUGGAGAGCAAGGAGACAAGUUUCUAGAGUUUCUGAGGUGAAAUCCUCUCUGAUAUUAGAUUUACGACUUCAGCAGGUGUAACAUUAACCUCACAGGCUUUAGGGUAAAGGAUAAAACCAAAUACCAGAGGAUAAAAAUAGGUACGCAUCCUUGAAAACAUGUCGGUGACUUUGACCCAUAAACUUGACGAAUGCACCGAAUAGGCAGCUUGUAUUUUUUUGUCUCUUGAGUCCCGAUUAGAGUGUCUAUAAACUCAGAUAAGACGGUCUUGACUUUAAUAUCUGCAGAGCUCUGGGUGACCUGCGGUUGAGAGUUCGUUUGAGGGCGAGCCUUUAGUUAAAUAGUCACCACGCUCAGACUCGAGCCUGCCGAGAACAUGCAGCAGUUAGAGAGAAAUGACCCCUGACGUGACUGUUGGGAAAUGCAGCUUUGAGGGAAAGUCCAGAGCUUUUAACCUGGGCUUGUCAGGAUGAUGGAGAGUGGGAUUUACUCGAAGACCUGAGGGUAUCUAAAAGUGACAGAGAGGUAACUGCAAAAAUCACGUGAUUGGAUGGAAGAAGAGGAGAAACAACCAACUAAGAAACUCCCUUUACUAAAUAAGACCAAAUAAGAUUGGUUUGUAGACCAAUUACCAUAAACUGAAAAAAAAGCUUUACUGCAUCUGAGACAACAUUCGGUCGGCUCUGUUACUGCCUGGCACUGCUAUGUUAUUAUUUUACAACAGCUCCAUCCGCAGGAAGAGUUUCACUAAAUCAAUAUUGUUGAUGUUAAUUUAAUCUGAUGCCAAUUUCCAGGAACAGCUGUCUACUGUUGACCAGAUUAGAUAGCCAAGAAGUGUCUCUGGUUUCCUCAGUCAAACAGCAUCACAGCUGCUGUUUUCUCACCCAAACAAUGUCGCUAUGUGAAGACAGGAAGACGCCGGGUUUACAUACAGUAAAUCAAUUCUGAGAGCCGAGACGUAAUUUGACCUAUUAGCCUAAAUAUUAGACACAAUCAGAGCACACGGCUGUUAGGAGGACAACAGAUGAGGCAUACAACAUGAAGUCAUAACAGCCCAUAAAGUCAUGACGAAGAAUUAUUUAAUCGUGAUAAAUAAUAACAGUAACAAUGACUUUAUCUCAGGGGUGCAGUGAGUUAUCCUCUCUGGGAAAGCCGUACUCACCCUAACCCGUCAAACUUCAUCAAAAGUUUGAGCUGCGCUCUUCCUCUCAGUCCAUCAUGUUUACAGUUUGUUCACUGAAAGUAGUUUUUGGGAGCGAUUCUGAGCCCAUGCAGUGAUUUCCACUACAGAGCCAUGUCUCUUUUUAACCCAGUGCUGCUCUGGGGCCACAGAGAUUUCAGUUUCUGAGAAUCUUUCAAAGAUAUCAUGAACCGUCGAUGUUGAAAUCCCUAAAAUCUUCGUAAUUGUUGGACUUGUUGCUCACGCAGUCUCUCACAGUACACUGAAUUUUUUCCUCGUUUCUGAUGCUGCGUUUGAGUUACCUCGGAAGUCAGAUGUCGGAGCUGAAAAUGACGUCACACCCGAGUUACCAGCGUUUCAGUUACUAAGUCGGAACAAAGUAAAAUCGGAGGCAGAAUCAAAAUGGCCACAUCUACUUAAGUUAUUUUAGUGCUUGCCUUGUCCUUGUUAUAUUCGGACAAGACAAGCACUAAAAUAACUUUUGUUUCCGCCUCCGAUUUUACUUUUUUCCGACGUACGGAAACUAAAACGCUGGUAACUCGAGUGUGACUUAAUUUCUUUCAGAGUGUGACAUCUGACUUGGAGGAAACUUAAAAGCAGCAUCAGUCUCUUAAAUGACCUUUCUAUACCUGCCUAUGUUGCGAUCCUGUUGCACAUUAACCUUCUUAGCUGAAGGAUGUUCCUCUGGGGUAUUUUUGUUUAGCAUUGCUCUACUUGUUCAACAUUUGGUUGUCCCUGGUGCAACUUUUUGAAAACUUGUUUCUGGCGACAAAGUUGAAGUGAGCAUCGAUUUCAAAGCGAGUUAUAAAAGUUUCCCGUUUCCUUAAAUCUACUGUCAGUUAAAUGCUGGUUGUAAAUGUUUUAGUGGAUCGUUAAUUUCCAGAGUUUUCGCUCUUUAAAACACACUGGUGUCGUGACCUGUUAUAAAUUAAACUGCUGUUAAAUAUUUCAAUCUAGCGCCCAUAUUUUAUAGGAUGAGAUAAAGUUUUAUUGAUCCUUUGUUUUGGUUUAUUUUUGGUGAUGGGCCAAGCUGUCAAAGAUUAACUUCGAUUAACAGACAAUGUAAUGAUAAUACAAAACCCGUAUUCAUACAGACAUAAAUAUUUAUUUAAGAAACGUCACUUCUAAAAUAAACAGUGUUUGUUUAACGCGGCUGUAAAGCUUUACAGCUCCUCCACGUGAGGACACAAACAGCGAGCCGGCUCGGAGCGGCAUAUAAAUAAAGGUUUAGGAGAGGAGGACUGAGAGAGUCCACAUCAGGAGCUUUAAGCAGAGAACCAGUCUUCAGAGGGUGAGUACUGUGCAGUGUCUAAUGCUCUCCCUGAGUGCUGUUCUAUGAAGGGGGACCAGUGAAAAUGUCUUUUUCUAUGGAUGAGGCUUAUGUCUUUUUCAGUGCAGAUUUUCAGCUGGAGAGCACACGAGGACUGUAAAGGACUGUGUGUAGUCUGUUGUGUAUUGAAACGUUCGCUUACCCUGCAAGAACUCAAUUUCAGUUUAUUCUGCAAAGGGGCGCUAAUGAUUCAAUAGAUGAAGAUCGAAAACAGAUAAAAAAACUCUAAUUUACUUCUUUGCUCCAUCAUAUCGUGCAUCACUCUUCUUUAUAUCCUGGUUGUCUCUGAAUGCGUUAUUUAGCGACUGAAAUUGCAGAGCCGUUUAUAUUGUUCAGUUUAGCUUUUUUUUUAUCUCCCAGUUUACGCUCUGUAACUUUUGAUAUCAUUGAAUGAACCACAGAGCAAAAAGUGAGUUUCAAAGAGAGCGUGAGUAAAAGGGAAAAGGAUGGUGCGCUCAUUUAACCAGACCCUUCCCUCAGAGCAUCUUAAUUGGUCUCAGCUCAAAGGAGGCGCAAGCAUUUCUGGAUCAUCUUUAGAAGUGGUUUCCUGUUUUAACCUGCAUGCACGUAGAUGUUAUAUAUACAGCAACAAACUGGGUUCACAGACUGUGGGUUUUGGAAGGGAAUUUAACCGCACAUGCAGUCGCAAGGGACUGGCUCAACCGGCAAACCAGCGUAUUUCCAAGUGUUUCACUGCAUAACAUGGCUGCCCGGUCGGUUUGCCGGAACGGGUAACUCGGACAAAGUUGUAUAGCAACAAAUUUUGUGUCUUUUGUUGAAAAAUGUUGAUGCUGUUCACAAAAAAUCUGGUUCUCCCUCGGUGGGGAUCGUUCAAACCUAAGAGUCAUGUCUCUUUUUAAUGUCCAAAGGCUCCUAAAACUGCAGAAACUCUUAACCCAUUAAUGUAUGUGGGUAAUGUAAUCUCUAAAUUCUGUGCCAUUUUUCGAGAAGUGUUGGACUUUUGCUCACACAGUUCCUCACAGAGUGUUAAAUUUCUUCUUUAUUUGACGUUUGAGUGACUCAGCCUCUCUGAAAUGUUCAUUUUUACCCACUUAUGUUACAAACGUGUCACUAAUUAUUGCCUCUCAAAGUUUUGUCACUGUCUCUUUUUUAUUUCUCUGUUUCUGUUUCUUUCCAGUCUGCCAUGAUGAUUUGGAAAUGGAUUUGUCUUACGGUCCUCUUCCAUGGGGCACUCACACAUCCAACCCCAUCCUCACCCCCCAACACGACCACUGCCAGCGGACCCUGUCGGAUCUUCAACUCGGGCCGCUCCGCAGACUGCAAGGGACGACAGCUGGACAGCGUCCCUUGGAAACAAUUUCCAUCCACGGUUGAAGACAUAGAUCUGUCCUACAAUAAACUCCAAGCUGUCCGUGACGAUGACUUCCUCCACCUUCCUCAGCUCCGCAGCCUCCUGCUCAGCUACAAUAAUAUUUCAUACAUUGACAGUGAAGCCUUCCAAAACAACAAUUUGCUGGAGCAUCUUGACAUCUUUAAUAACUCCCUCCAGGAAAUUCCUGCCAAAGCUUUGACUCCUCUAUUGAAUCUGAAGCAGCUAUACAUGUCAAAUAAUCUCUAUAAACAUGCCACUCUGGAUCAGAGCUUCUCCAAAUUUAGCAAACUACAAGUUUUGUCCAUGGGCGGCCCGCUUGUGAUGGGUCUAAAGAGAGCAGAUUUUCAGCCCCUGAAGAACCUCAGGUUAUACGGUUUUGCAAUUAAAUGCUCCUCUAAUCUGAGUUACUACGAGCCUGGAAGUUUAGAAGUCAUCCAGACGUCACAGAUGGGCUUCGACAUGGCAAUAGAUCAACGACCAAACGCUCUUCAUUCGAUGCUGCAGGACAUCGCCAACAAGACCUUCAGUGUCCUGCAAUUCCGCAACCUGUUUGAGUUCAUGUACUACAUGAGAGAGGAUGACAUAUUUCAGGGUUUAAAAUACGUCACAGCUGAACAGCUCAUCUUCCACCGAGGAAAAUUCAAUGAGAACCUCAUGAGGAUGGUUCUGAUGAACCUACAAUCCGCAUCCAUCAAGAACUUGAGGCUCCAGUACAUCGACUUUGCCCGUUCACCUAAGUUUGGCGACACCAGUGGAGAUUCCAGUAUCACAGAUCUGGCUCUGGACAAGCUGGAUCUUUGGUGAGUGUCUUCUAACUACUCUAUCGUACUUCCACGACAUGUGUUUGGGACUCAGGCUGGUCACAUGCUAGAAAACUUUUGGACAUCAACAGAAUUUUAAAACCAAAACCACAACAACAACUUCAUCAGAUUUUUACCAUUACUCUAAACACAGAGUGAAUUUUGGAAACACCACAGUCAACAUGCCCUCGAGUAAACUUUUCCUAAAGCAAAACACCUUUUCAGUUCCAACAUAUGCUUAGAAUUAACUUUUCAUUACGACCACAAUUUCCGCCCCGACUCAUUCAACUCAAAUCUCAUUUUCUCUUAGGUAUAUCAGCAACCCUGACAUUCUGCGCUUCGACUGGCGCUUCACCUGGUUCAACAAAAUAAAGCACCUGUCCAUCCAGUAUGUUUACUUCACCUCUGUGCCCUGCGAUUCCUGGGUUGAGAUGACUGGCGUGGAGGUUCUGGAUGUCUCCAAUAAUCGGCUAAAGGACGACGUGCUCUUUAAUCAGCGUUGUGAUUAUAAGGGCACCAUGCCAAACCUCCACACUUUCAUACUGAGCACUAAUGAACUCACCAGCUUAAAAGACCUGUCAUCACUCACGAGGGAGUUCGAGCAGCUGCAGGAGUUGGACGUGAGCAACAACUAUCUGGGAUCUGCUGGAAAAAGUCAGCGCUGCGUUUGGCAAAAAAGUAUAACCCGGCUUAUCGCUCACCACAAUCAGUUUGAAGUCGACUCCCUCAGCUGUCUGCCCACCACAGUGCAGUACUUAGAUCUGUCGUACUGCAACCUGGACCAGCUGGACAUGUCGUAUUUCGAAAAAGCCGCCGACCUGAAAGAGCUCCAUCUUAGCGGCAAUAAAAUCAAGUUCAUCCCCUCUAGGUGGGUAAGUCCAUCCCUACAGACGCUAGCUUUGGAUGGGAAUUCAUUUGGUCUCAUCAGUAAGGAGUCCUUCCAACACAUGCCUCGGCUUUCAAACCUGAGAGCGGGGAACAACCCUUACCACUGCACCUGUGAGCUCCAUGCUUUCGUCCAGGACACGACGUCAAAGGGAAAGGUCAACCUCACGGACUGGCCGGAGAACUACAGGUGUUACCACCCCGAGCCUUUCCUCAACACGGUCGUUUCCAAAUACCUACCAAGUCAAGUGGCCUGUGAUAUCAGGCUCGUUAUCAUCAUCUGCGUUUCAACCACGGCACUGGUGGUCUUCAUACUGAUGCUGAUAUGCUAUCUGUUUGACCUGCCGUGGUACACUAAAGCUACAUUCCAGAUCAUCAGGGCCAAAUACAGAGCUCACAAAGAACUGGCAGCAAGAGACCCGGGAAGUUUUGAGUAUCAUGCCUUCAUUUCCUACAGCCACUCUGACGCAGACUGGGUGAGGGAUCAGCUCUUACCCUGUUUGGAGAGUAACAAGAACCCCUACCGGCUUUGUAUUCAUGAGAGAGACUUCAUGCCAGGGAGGUGGAUCAUUGAUAACAUCAUUGACAACAUUGAAAACAGUCGCAAGGUAAGAGACUCGUGCACGGCAGGGUUCUGCAUGACUCACACAUCCAGCAGUUCCACUCUGUGAUAUAAACGCUUGCACAAAAAAAGGUCGUCUUGCAGAGAUAUUCAACGUCAAGGUUUGGGGGGAAAUAGUCAUUGUGAAACCUGGCAGCUAGUUUGGCAAGCAGCUUUUGAGGAACUUGAGGUUAGAUUGGGUGAGGUCUUGGGUAAGGUGGGUUUCCGAUGGAAAAAUCCCCGACCAGGCCUUGAUUGUACCCUCUUUAGUAUCGUCUCAUGUCUGUGUUUCACUAGAUCACCUCAGAAACUAAGAUUUAAUCCUUGCUUCUGGUCAAGAUCAGUGGCCCCGACAUCGCAUCUGCAUCCAAAAAAAGAAGACAGAGUUUCUGACACACCCCUGAGGUUUAGCGAGUCUUUUGUAGUACAGUAUAAAAGUGUUUUACUGGUAAAUCUGUCUUGCAUGAUAAAUUGUUUGACGAAGAAAAACCGUCAAACAAAACCUCAGAUAAUCAUGAGGAUAAGGAGGCUAACAAGUCGACCCUCACGUAGAUAAUACUGAUAACAGCUUGACCGUGACGUGGCCCGGCUUUGUAGAUCCUUUAAAAGGGAUAUUUAAGCAGAACUUAUGGAGUGUGUCGCAGAGAUAAAAGAUGAUAUUGAUUUAGAAAUCAGUGCAUUAAAAAUCACGCCUGGAUCAGAUGAAAUAAAGCUCUAUGAUCGACUGCCGGGCUUUGAGGAUUUGUAGUUUUAUUGAUUCGGAGCAGUGAAGUGCGGAAGGAUGAGGAACGCUUCAGGAGUCUGAGGGAUUUAAAAAUGAUGACGGUACAAAAAACUGUUUCUGUUGGGGUCAGAAUCAUUCAGUGUCCAUCAGAUCUAAAGCAUGCUCUCACCUGUGGUGUCCCCAUGACUUUGACUGACACAAGAUCUAAGAGGUCUUUACGGGUAUGAGUGGACACACACUGAACAGUAUUUAUUUUCCUUUUUGACUCUACAUUCAGAGGAACAGACUUAGUGGAAAUGGACAUCUUAAUCCAGGUUUCCUUUCUCUUUAUCCGUCUCCGUCCUCAGGUGAUAUUCGUCCUCUCUCGGCACUUUGUCAACAGCGAGUGGUGCAACUAUGAGCUGUACUUUGCCCAGCAGAGGGCGAUGGGGAAGACCUUCAGUGACGUCAUACUGGUGGUGAAGGAGCCAAUCGAUCCCAGCUCUCUGCCCAGCAAGUACUGCAAACUGAAGAAGAUGCUGAGCACCAAGACGUACCUGGAGUGGCCCCAGCAGUCCAACCAGCAGGCCUUUUUCUGGGCACAGCUCAAGAGCGUUCUGGGGAAGCCGACGACCACGACCCGAGACAGCGUGAGAAGCAGGAUCUCAUCUGCGGGAGGCAUUUCUGUGAUUGGACCCUUGAUAGACGACAAGAUGAUCGAUGAAGCUCGACCUGAUGUUGACAAAGACGCGCAACCCGAUGCUGACAUUAUUUGGCGGAAUAAAGGUGAGAUGUCAAACCUGAGACAGAUCCCAGUUGCGGCAUUUUAACCAAAAGGUUAAAAAGAUGGAAAACUGUUCAACAGAGUUUCUUCACUGAGGGUCUGAACUCAGGUAACCUUUUAUGUGUGGCUAUGUCAAGCUGGGAGCAAAAGCCACCGUCUCAUUAUGAUGACAGACAUUAACAUGAUCCCUUUCGGUUCCUGGCAUUCUGUCAUGUUAUCCCCGAGCGCCGAGCCGAUGCCCUCUGUGCCACUCUCCCUCUGAGCGACUCGGGCCCAGUGCCCCGCUGACAGGCGCUGAAAGGCCAAAAAACUCAACGGCUCAAAUGAGAUCUCCCAUGUCGCUCGCUGGAUAACAAGAGAUGAGCCAGGACGAUGUGGUGACAGGAGUGACGAUGUGAAAGGACGGGCUCUGUUACAGCCUGGCCCUCUAAGGUACGAGACCAUGAAAGUUCAGACUCUGAUGUUUCAGGACGGAGACUCCAGGGCAUCACAUGAAUUACAUGUUUUGGGGAGAUUAACCCAAAGCCGAACCACUAAGGAUCAUGAAAAUCCAAACAAAAUCAUCCUUGGAGCUCGUAGAUUCAGAAGACUCUUGAGAAAAGACGAUGGUUGCAGUCUGUCGAGCUCUAGCUCAAUAUUUUAAUCAGCUUUUAAGUGUCAAAUAACAAACUGUUAGUGCAAAGAAGCUUUCAAUCCAGCUCUCCAGUAUAAGUCAAAAUGAAAUUGGGACGCUGCCCAAAAUGUUGAUUCAAACAGAUUUCAAAAGGGUUGAAAAUUACUCAAAGUCUCUAUUUUAUCAGAAAAUGGUGCGAAGACAACAAAUCAGAUGUUUAAAAUAGAAAAAACAAACCUCCAAGAAUGUAUGUUAAAGCUUCACUGCGCAAAAUAGGAACUAUAUAUGAUCCAGAGAGGCAGGGGAACUAUCCUGUGGUCUGAAAGUCAAAUUGGACAUUUGUUUUGGAAAUCGUAGCCCAAACAAGCGACUCAAGACUUCACCAUUUAAGUUUUCAGGCCUGCAGAAAGAAGAGCACAAAGAAUGAUCUAUCUAGUGUGAACGUUUAGUUUGUCCUUUGUGGGCUACAGUAGAAUAAACAGGCGCAGCAUCACCUACACAGCGUAUGAAACCCAAUUCCUCCACAUCACAAGAAAAGCUUUUCUCAGGUAACAAAAAUACAAAUAUGUUUUUGUACUAAUGCAGCCGACCCCCCUGUGAAUAUUAUAUCCUAUUUCUGUCACUUACUAUGCAAAUUAAUCCCUUGGAUUAUACACUUGAGCUUCAAACGAUAUGUUACAAGUGCUUUAAUCAUCCCAUUAGACACAGGCUCUCCUAAAUCUUUGAAGUUUAAACCUUUAAUUUCUCAGAGCAGGUAGGCUGUGUGAACAACUCUCCAACAAGAAUCUUUAAACUUUGAAGUAUCUCUCUGAACUUCAAAAAUAAAACAAUCAAACUUCAUUCAGAAGAGGUUUUAGAGGUUAAUACUGAGAGGAGAGACAAGAGCGCUGGGCGGAUAUUAAAAUUGUAAAUGCUAAUUGGUGAAUAUUUUGAGGAACUUGAAUAAUUUUGUCCUGAAAAAAAAGGCUCCUGUUUUAUAUUUUACACAGUACUGACCCAGUAUUGUCAAGGUUAAAAAAACAAGUGUACACAGUAAAAUGUCUGAAACCACAUCACAAAAGCCUGCAGAAGUGUUUACUUUGAAAUGUGUGGAUCUGAAACUGGACUGUGUGUUCAUAUCAUUAAACUCCAAAAACAAGCGGAUGGUACAAACUUCUAUAGUAUCAUCAAUAAUAUGUAUUUAAAAACUGUUUUGAAGUGAAAAAUAAUGAAAUACUUUUUUGUGUCUGGAUUAAAAUGACAGGCCUUGAUGAUUUUCUAACGGGUACAAAUGCAACAAACAAAAUGUUCUUUAGAAGUUUGUCGCAAAAAGAUUUUAAACACAUUUUUAUUCAGAUAUUCUGACACAGACAGUCUGUUAAAUUUGACUAUUUUUGUCCUGAAUUGUUUAUUUUUGUAGAUGAUCCGGGUCUUAAUGUGAAGUCAUUUGUAGAGUUUGCAAACGGCCAGCAGAUGACACUCUUGAACUUAUUGUUCCCAGACUAAUGAGAUAAUGUUUUGCUCACAGAGUGACAAUAAGACCUGCAUGUUGAUUUGACACCAAAUUGCUCUGUUUUUUGACCUAAUGUGUAAACCAGCUGCAUCUUCCUUCACUGUGCGCUGUAUAUAUGUGAAAUAUAAAUAUGCACUUUGUGGAUCACAGGGAUAAGCUUUUUUUUUUAAAGCAUGUCGUGUUUUCUUCUGUUGGUUCAGGCUACUGUGAUGAAAAACUUUACUCUAAUGAUCCGACUUCAAAUACAGUUUGUGCUUUGUUUUUAUGACAUGAGAAAUGCUGGACAUUUAUAGUUCUUGUAUCGAUGAAUAAAAAAGUCUGAUAAGAACGUGUUUGCACUAUGUGACCUCUUUAGCCACUUUCAGUCAUUUGAGUUUUUUAAUAAUCAAAGUCAGUCAAAGAAAGUCGCUCCUUGUUUAGACGAGCACACGGUGGAUAAAACACUUCUUACUUUGAGGCCAAAAUGUUAUUCAAAUGAUGUCCAAACCGCUGUGACACAUUACUCUGCAGCAACGUAUGAGGAGCACCUCUGCUGGUUUAAUGUUUAACCAGAGGAAUGGAAAUAUGAGACCAGAGAUACUGAUGUUAAUCAACCAGUGGUUUGCAUCCAGUGAAAGGAGGAUUUCAUUUGGCCGGUCUAUCACUGUUCAAGUAGCACUCUUCAACCCCAACCAUUCCCUUAAUUGGAAAUGAUAUUGCAGGAAAGCAUUAGUCACAGCUCAUAAGUGUGAGUGAGGCCUGAUGAAACGAACUCGAACAGAGCUCAGGGAGAAACUCUUCAAGGAAAAAUAAAAGACGAAUGCUCUUUAACAGCGUUUCAGGCAAAUAUCACUUCAGAGGUUUGAAAAAUUUGAGAUGGUUUUGGGAUACUGAAAACAGAGGUUUAGAAAAACAGCUGAGAUCAGAUCACGGUGAUUAUCAGUGGUUAAAAAGACUGAUGGAGCGUACAAUCGAGUUUCUAAAACAUGAAACACUUUAUAAAACGGAGCACAACUCUGCAUGGUCACACAGCCAUUAAAUAACGGGUAGAUAGUGAGAAACUCCUCAUUAAAUUCCUCAGAGGGGCUGAUUAUUACUUAAUAGGGAACAAAGUGAGGCAUCAUUAGGAGUAAUGAAUCGUUACUCACUGAUUACCCGAUCAUUAGUUACUUAUUUUAUGUAGUGUCAAGACUGCAUACAUCAGGCUAUUUUGCAUGUAUAAAGCAGAUUUUGCAGCAGUGGUGGACUCAGAGGAGGGGGAAGUGUAACCCCAUCACACACACUCCCAUCUAAAGAUGCUGCAUAAGUGCCCUCCUGGAGGCCUUUGUAAACAUAAUGUGCUCUCUCUGUGACGUCUUAACAUGAAAGUGGACUCUUAGACGUCCCUUUAAUGGACAAAAUGCAGCGGAGUGUCCUGUUGAUGACCUUAUUCUGCACAUUUGGUUGUUAUGCAAGGUUUGUGACCUAAAUUCAAGACUUUAACCGAGAGUUGAAUCAGUAAACAGGGUCUUAUGUGUGUUAUCUGCAUGUGGCACACAGCACUGUUCAGCUUUAAGACGAUCAUGUGAUAAAUGACAGAUUAAGUCUUACUAAAAUAUGUGUUUCAAUAGUUUUUUUAAUCUUUUGCAUGAUUACAUCCUUGUAUAAAUAUUCAUCAUAUUGCAGGAAUUUCGUUUGAAAUCCUCAAACUUCCUCUUAUUGAUCUUGCCUCUAAUUAUGUGAGUAUCAAAGACACAGACAUCGAUUAAUGUUCAUGCUGAUGGGUUCUCUAAACAUGACUUGUUUGUUGUUUUGAAAAAGCAGUGAAAUGUACAUGUUUUAGAAAAGUAGAUCUCUAACAGCACAGCCCGGCAUAAAUGCAGCAAGCACGCACAAACACCCACUACUGAUACACAUCACUUCAGCGAUGCCAGAGGCUCACAUAAGCAAAAAAUCGUGACCAAAUUCACAAUCAGACACCACAGAGACUGGAUGCCUCCCGAGCUGCAGACUGUACUCUGUGGGCUGACAUGAGUGCGUGAACACAGCGCUGAAAGUCAUUAAACCACGUCCCAGUCUACUUUACUGCACCUGCUCCUGUCAAUUACUACACGCUCCAGGAAAGUCAUCAAACCACGGCCAUCAAAACUAUACAAAAGGCUCAUUAAUCGUUCAGCAACUGCUCCUAAUUAGCACCUAUUUAAAGGAGAUCUAAGUGUAAUAGUUAACAGGCUUGUAUAUCCAUGUUAUGAUCGGCUAUAUCAGCAUUACACGAGAUAACAGUCGGCCCACAUCCAAUCAAGAGAGAUUGAUCACUCACCUUUGCUGUCACUUGUUGAUAACGGAGGUGUCGCUCCUUGAAAUCAUGGACUUCAUGAACUUGUCUGUGAUUGAAUCCACGUCCCUGUUUCAUCGACAAACACAAAAAGACAUUUAGACAAAGAGAAAUGUUGUUUUCUGUAAUUGUGGACGAUGUGAAAGUUAAACAGGAGCUUAACUUUGUUUUUAUCAGUGAAACUGUUAUCAAUAUGUCAACUGUGUAUGCUGGCGUAGGAGGGAGGUGAGUUCAGUUCUUCUAACACAGGAAUUAUAAAUGACAUUUAGGUUUGUGGGAGGAAAAAAUACAGAUUUAAAAAAACAACAUUAUGUGAUCAAAAGUGGUGGAACAUUUUAACCUGCUCCUUUUAGCAAAAUUAUUUUACAACCUGUUUAACAUUGAUUUCAUUUUCAAAUUGUACAUUUGCAGCAGCUCGGUCACAAAUAUCACAAAAGCAGUUUAUUAAAGUCGAAAUAGAGGUUCCUUUUUUCCAAGUAAUUGCAAAUUUUUAAUAUAUAAUUCAUCUGGUUUGAAAGCUGUUAAUGUAAUUCUCAUGGGACAGAUGUCAUGGGGAAAUUUAGUGGACAACAACUGCAAUCUUUUCAAAUUUAAUGUAUUACUUUAAAAAAAACAUAGCACUUAAGUGCUUUGAUCACAGUGUUUUGUUAAACUUGGUGUUUUUAAAGGGAUAUUCCGCCAUAAAAUUAAUUUAGGGUCAAACCCACCGUAACACCGAGUUAGACCCCCCCUCCAGAGAUGAAUGUUGUCGACCGCUUUCUUCUCUAGUUACACCAACUUUAGUAACGACCACAGGAUAGAAAUACAGAGAGCCACGCCCCCAACCAAAACGCCACUCUAUAGCCACAAAUAAUGCUCAGAACAGCACCUAACUUCAUCAACAGGACAUAUAGGGUCACAGACAUAGUACUAGACACCAAACAUCUUUUUAACUUUGACUGAUUUCUUUAACAAAGAGACUAAACACAACUCACCUACUCUCUUCCAGCAGCCGCUUGUUUGUAGUGAGACCUCAGGCCAGUCCAUUACAGACUACAGCGGGGUGCCGCAGCUCAAGGAAGAACAUUUAUGAUCAUUUCUUUAUCAUAGGACGUAUCCUUCAUGAGCCGAGAAAAGAAAGAGGAAAAAGAGAAAAACGUUUGUUUGCAUGUCAUGGAUGUUAAUCAAAGAGAUCUGUGUAGGUGUGUGAAUGAUCAACAAUCAAUAUUAUUGGCAGAAAUAGAGGGACCCAAAAUCCAAAUUUUGCUUAGGGCCCCACUGAGGCCUGGGCGGCUCUGGUUAACAGAGAACUUCCUGAAGACCUGAGGACUCUGCCUGACUCAUGAGGUAAAAGCAGAUCAGAUAGAUAAGAGGGAACAAAGUCAUUAAGAGCUUUAAAAACCGAUAAAACAAACUUAAAAUCGGUUCUAAAAGAGCCGGAUGUGACGAAGCGGCGUCCUCACUGACUGCGGGCGGCGCGUGGACACACGUACCGACAUCUGCGCCAAACAUUUCCCGCCAGCGUCGCUAUUUACCCACCAAACAACUAAACAGCGCUACUUUCCCUUCUCUGUUGGAUCACAGGGUAGCUAAGGGUGCACAGUUGGAACUCCAUCAGUGAACUUAAACAUUCAUUCACACAGAUAUUCAUCCCUUCACUUACUUACCGAGCGUCCAUUUAUUCACGCCAUCAUGCCGGAUCAUGUGUCCAAAUAAGGAAACAGAGCGCGUGAUUUCCGGGUGUAAAGUAGGCGUGUAUGGAGGGUUAAAAUGGUCACAUGAUGCAAGAAAAAUUAAUUCUCGUUGUUUUUUAUGAAUCCCUAAAAAUUAAUGCUCUUUUGAUUUCUGUACAAACUUAGUUAAAAUGGAUAAAAACUCACAGAAAAAGGUCUGAAGGUUAAAAAUGGUAAAAAUGGUUUAAAUGUGAAUAAAUAUGUUUAUUUUUCUAAAGUUAUGUAAUCGAUAACGACCACUGGGCGGGGCUAGAGGGGUUUAAAAGAAGGCUGUCUGAGUGGGUCUGUAAGUCUGGAGUUUGUUGUUUGGAAGGAAACUGACAAACGGACUUUUUAGUGCUGCUGUGUUUCUGGUUUUCUCUUGAGUCGUAGUGGAAAUCCCGCCCUGUCCGCAUUUUCUUUUGUAAAACAUAUUUGACCACUUUUUUGCACUUUUGUACAUAUUUUUGCACUGCACCUUGAAAGACCGGCUGUAAAUCCUGUCACCAUCACCGCGUUUUCCACCACGCCUGUGUUUUACCUCUAUAUUGUUAUUGUUUGAGUGAAAACCAUGGGACAGGGGGCUUCCUGCAUAUUUAGUGAAAUACUCUGUAGGUGAGGCGUCAGGUGUGAAAAUGACAAAAUUUCCCCCUUUUUCUAAAAAAAAAGCGACAUCAGUGAGCAGCAGCAGUAUCGUGGCCAAGUGACAUGGACAGCUCGAUCUGAGGGAUAAUGUAAAAUAAUAAUUAUCUUUGUGCUUUAGUAACGAUAAAAUAGAUACACCGUUGGUUUCCCACCAUGUCCACUGUCAUCAGAACAAAAUAUCUGUCCUGAACAAUAAAAUCCACCACCCCUGAUUUUUUUUCACAGUUCGACUCCUGGUUAUGUGUCAUAUCUGCGCACAGCUGGGUUUACCUGUCGUAAUAAGGUGAAAUUAUCCAGGGAUACUGAGGUGAAUUGUGCUCAACAGUCGCCAUAAACUCCCUGCUGCAGCCUUACAUGGCCUGGACUCUCACCUGUGCUGCUGCUGUCCGGGGGGGGAGGCGCCUCUGAGAUCCUGAUCUGUUUGCGCACAGGUGAGAGGAGCGCAUAUAACCGGUGAGAUGAUGAGAGCUGCAGCCACUUCCAUCAGACCUUCACCUGUCAGCGGCUGUGUUCAGGUGAGUUCCUGCAGCUUUUUUUUACUUCCACAGUUUUAAAGAUCUAAGAGGAGAGACUCACUUGUUGUUGUUUCCGUGUGGAUCUGCUCCUGAAGUCUGACUCUCUCCACAUGUUCGUGCAGAAGCUGCUCCUCCGUUAAUUAACAGCAGCUCUGACUCUGACAUUCAAAGGCGUUUAAUGAGCUCCCUGAUCGCGGCGGGAAUAAAUGAUUAACGGCAAUUACGGAGACUAAUGAAGGCAACGUGGAGCAGCAUCAGUCAGGGAAGGAGAUGCAACAUCUCUCAGCUCUCAGAUAUAUCAGAUUUAAAGUUAUUUAUUCACACAGCCCCGCACAGACAGGUAGAGAGCAGGAUACAUUAUUGAUGAGAGCACCUCUCGAUAUCAAUAAACACGAAUCUGACAGCCUGAGUGAUGGAGGGAGAGCAGCUCUCACAGGUAAACCUCAGCAGGUAGUUAAUGUAAGGUAAGGUAAGCCGGAGAUCCAAAUCAGUUUGAGGUGCAGCUCGCCCAGCUGGAGGUCUGUCCUUUUGUCCUCUGCUGCUUCAUGGAGGUGGGGGGUGAGAGACUCAGACCCCCCAUGGAGCAGCCUCUCAGGUGUCAGGUGUUAGGUUAUAGAUUUAACUGAUUUGACUUCCAGACUGACCUGGGCAUUUACAUCAACUCGGCACAAAUAUCAGCUCCACUUGUCACAAAGAGAAAGUGGACUGAGAUAUCCUGAUUGACACGAUCGGAGUCUGAACCCCUAAAAACAAAUAUUAGUCUAAUAACAGAUCCCAUUUAUUUCUUUGUGCAAAUUUUUAUUGUUGCUUAUUUAUAACUUCCUGAAAUUAAUGCCCCCCAUGGACCAGAGACCCAAAUUAAUCUUCAUUAUAAAAACAUUAGAGAACGCUGUUAAGGCCAAUAAGACACUCAUUAAACUGUUUUUGAAUUACAACAAAUAAAAACUAUUUACACAACCUUCUUCCAAAUAAAAACAUGUAUUUUUUUUAAUAAAUGAUAAUAAAUGCUCUUCAGCAGGAGGUGAUUAUUAAUUGCCUUUAUCAUUAACUUUCUGCAGCAGUGGAAGGGAUCCUCAUUAUCAAAGUAAAAUAAUAAUUUCAGUCACAUCAGCUCAUUUAUCCAAAUAUAAAACAACCCUGAUAAUGAAAUGAAACCCUUAUACUUUAAAAUACCAAAUAUGUUUUGUAUAUAAAGUAUAGAAACAGCAAGAUAAUAGAAUAAUCGACUCAGAGCAGUUCUAUCUUUUAUAUUUCUAUGUCGAGGCCAGUCUGUGUCAUCUGUUUCAGGUUGACCUUGUUUCUAGAUUGACCCCUACAGGUCAGCCGAGUGCAAACACAACCAUUGAUUGGUCAGGAGACUUGCACUGUCAUCUUACGAUAAAAAUAAUAAUAAUUAUUUUCACAUAAAUCUCCAAAUGUGACUUAAGUUUAUGAGAAAGUGGAUCCAGACAGUCUCUGGAAAUACACUGAUCUCUCCUGUGGGAUAGAAAAGUCUCUGGAGUUCAUCCCCUAAAAGCUGACGGUCUCACAAAGCGAGUGGAUUUUACUGUAAGUCUUCAUGUUGUCGUGAUGGACAGAGCAGUUCUUUUAGAUAUACUGAAUCACUAGAAUCAGUUCACUAAAAACAUUUGUUCAAAAGAUUUGUUCACCAAAUCACCGAAUCAUUCAGCUCUUGGUGGGAGGAGCCUGUGACUUCGACCUCCUAAACUGACACACAGCUGAACAGCUCAGAUCAAAGCUUCUGGGACCAGGAGACGAGGGUGUUUGUCUGUGUUGCUUUGGCAAACAGAUUUGUAAGUCAUAAUGUUUUAAGUGUACUCUCCUUUGGUAUGCUGUUUUUCAGGUCUGCUCAAUAAAUCGUUCUCAGUGAGUGAUUCGUUCACUGAACGUUUAGAAGAAUUCACACUGAACAUGAACCGUUCCCUCACAAACCGCUGCAGUGGUAAGAUGCUGCGGGUUUGAUGCACGACUUGUUACAUGCUGUGUUCUACUGUAUACGAGUUGUUGUGGUGGUUAAAGUUAACUUUGUCCGACAAAAAUGAUUCCAGAGAGUGUAGUUCAAUGCGUAGUUCACAGGCGUCGGUGCAUGUGGUCCCUCGUUCACUGGCUGCUCGCCUGGCAACACUGUGUGCUAUAACAGCUGACAGCUCAACUGAAGUGGAAAACGAACGAAUCACUUGAGGAAGUGAUUCAGUUCAGUACGUUCACUUAAAAGAUUUGGUUCUUUUGAACAAAUCGUUCACUAAUGACACAACACAUACCUUUUUUUUAUUUUUAGAGCUGACAUAAUAAACACAACAAUAACACGUUGUAUACACCGGUGUUGACCCGAGCUCUGGCUUAAGUUGUCUGUGAUCCAUCUUAAGGUGAAAAAAGCAUAAUUUAGAUCCGUCUUGUUCAUCUGGGAAACAUGAUUUUUGGUGUCAACCUCAAACUCUAGAGAAACUGCAUUUUUCUGACAGUCUGCAUCGGCUUCCUUUAACAACACUGUGGGUUUCAGCUCUGUGCAAUUCUAUACAGUAUAAGCCCACGUCUGUCUCAUAAUAUCUGCUUACCUAUAUAUAUCUAUUUAUAUAUAUGUCAGGUCACCCCUGUAAAAGAGAUGUGGAUCUCAGUGGGUUAUUAACCGAGCUAAAUGGAUGACCUACUUCUCCCAGAUGCAGCCGGUCGGGUAUCAUGAGCCGUCAGGGAAUCUGUCCUGCUGUCUGCAUUAAAUCAGCCAGUUAGAGGACGAAUACUUCACUUAAAUGAAAGUAAAGGUAGAAAUGAUUCAUUUCCUCUUAGGUUCACUGUUAUCAAAAGAGUAAUUUGCAGUUUUCUCCUCUUGCCUUGAGUGUUUCCUCUCACCCACCUGUCUGUGAAAGUGGAGGUGUGCACAAGUCAAAAAUAGAGGAUCUGCAGUUGCACUGAAAUGGAUAAAACUCAAAGUAUUAGAAACCUCAGAUCCAGUUUCUGAGUAUUUUCAUUCCAGCGUUAUAAAGUUUUUGAGACUCUUCCAGAAGUGAGCUCAGAUUUAGAUAUUUCAGAUUCGUCCCAGUUUCGUCUGGGCUGUCAGGAGGAAGAUGAUCAACCUCAAAGCAGGAACAUAACUCUGAUGAAGACGGGGUUCAGACUGCAGCGGAGCAUCUGAGAAGAUGUUUGCUCUGAGCGACUGUACGCCUCUCAAAUGUCUGCUCUUGAAAUUUCCACUUUCCUUUUAAAAUUUUUGUCCCACUUUCUUCAGAGUUUUGUCACAAGUGUCGAUUAGACGAGUGGAUCCCAACCUUCUUUCCUUGGAGCGAUCCUUUCUUCUAUUGUAGAAAAACAGGGGCCCCUGAAGGCCCUCACAGAAGAGGAACGAUGCAUCACUGUCAAGAAGUACAUCAGUUUUCAUCAAGGAAGUGAGGAGGAAAGUACUUUUACAGUUUUAUCUCCAGGCAGAGCUAUCCAAAGUUUCCUGCGAGUGAGUCAGAGUGAUUUUAGUUAACGAACAAAUUGAAUUUUGACGACCUCAGAGUCGAUCUCAGUGUCUUCAACGUUUCCAAGACACAAACCUGUGAAGUCCACGUGGGCUUGAGGCUGUCUCACUGUCAAAUGUCAAGUGCAUGUGGGAUCGUUUCCAGACUUUUCUUGCCUUUUUAUGAACCCUUUCACAAAGUGAGCAUAUCUGCAGACUGAGCAUGAUGGAAUUACCCAUAGUUCAGCAUUUUAACGCUAUAAAGUGGAAAUGAAAACAAAAAAAGGGGCCGUAAAGGUGCAGCUUCAGCUCUUCAGAUGCGUGCAAAGAAAUCACCCUUCGAGUGGUGUCGGUUACGUCCUCGAGAGGUCAGGGCUUUGGGUUCAGGAAGGACAUCGAGCUCCAGACAAAGCCUCACUUGGGUCCUGGUUAAGACCCGAUGUUUUCCAUUCGUCUUUUUGAAACCUGAUAAAAGCAGAAAUAGUGACACGAGGAUUUCUUCUGCAGAUUUCCUUGAAUGUCUGGGUUCCUAAAACCUUGCCUGAGUUUAUGAUAAAGUAUUUACUUGAAUUCUAACCCUUCUGAUUUGUCUUUUCAGGCAUCAACAUGUGCUCCGGUCUGCAAUCCGCCAUGGAGGAACUCAUCAAAGUCUUCCACUGCUAUUCUGGAAAAGAAGGUGACAAGUACAAGCUGAGCAAAGCUGAGCUGAAGAACCUCCUACAGGGAGAACUCGGCGAUUUUAUGGCUGUAGGUAUCUCGUUGACUCGCCACGUUUUACUCAACAUGCAGAAAGAAAAGGCUUGUGCAAUUAAUUCAGUGAAAAGUGUUCAUUAAAGUGGAAACUCUUGGAAACUUCAAACUCAAGAAGUCUAUGAGCUCCAGUAAGCAAUCUGUGUUUCCUGCCAUCCUGCACAGCAACUCAGCUGCUUCCUGCUGAGCGUGACGGCAGCAUGUGAAGCUGGAGUUAAGAUGUUAGACAGCAGGGGUCUAAAGGGUCAUGUAUUUGGAUUGAAUCGUUUGGGUUCAGUGCUGAACUGAGAGUAAUCCAUAUCAAGCUUCCUAGAGAACAAAACUUUAGGACCUGUAAGUAGUCGUGCUGUCAUUAGGUCUCAAAAACAUGUUUUGGGAGCUAGCUAGCUAGCUAACUGUAUGAGAGCAUAUGUAUGUGGACUGAGAGGCUACGGCUAGCAGUGAGCACAGGGGUCGGAGGAAGACAUUGAGCCAUCUUAAAAAAACGUCUUUCAAAUAUGUAAAAUAUUAGUACUAUAUGACUUUACAGCAGUUGUCCUUUACUCUGGUUUCAACACAUUAUAAAAUUAAGCAUAGACGAAGAAGAAGAAGUAGCAAAAUGCUAGCUAACUAACGCUAGCAGUCUUCUGAGAGAUGAUUCAGCGCUUUAAAAUCUGACGUUUUAAGGUUUGUUGUGAGUCAAUGAAUCAUUCUUUCCCCUGUUUUCAUUCAGUUCGGUAACUUAUGCUGCGUUCGUGUUACCUCGGAAGUCAGAUGUCCGAGCUGGGAAUGACGUCAUACCCGAGUUACCAGUGUUUCAGUUACCAAGUCAGAAAAAAGCAAAGUGCGAGGAGGAAACAAGAUAGCUACAUCUACAAAAGGGGAUGCUAAAAUAACUUAAAAUAACUAAAAAUAACUUUCGUAGAUGUAGCCAUCUUGUUUCCGCCUCCCAUUUUGCUUUUUUCCGACUUGGUAACUGAAACGCUGGGAACUCUGGUGUGACGUCAUUCCCAGCUCAGACAUCUGACGUCUGAGGUAACACGAACGCAGCAUUACUAUCAACCAGAAGUUGUGUACUUCAAAAUAAAAGCAUGAUUUGGCAAUUCAGGAAAUAAAGCAGCCCAAAAUAUAUCAAAAUAAAAGCAUGAUAAAGCUUAUAAUUAGCUAAUGCGAUGCUCUCUUGUCUUGCCUUUUACUAAAUUAAUUUUUCCACCAAUAUCGUGAUAGUCUUGUUAUUGUGAUAUCUUUGAUAACUGACAGGAGAAAAUCUGAAAUGGUAACAGCUUCAGUUUAAUUUGAGAUCAAGAUAAAAGAAAUCUGAGCAGGUCUACAGCCUGAACUGUCUGUGAAAAUGAGAAAAAUUGAGUUUGUUUUCCUCACUAUACUGAAAAUUUACCCAACAGGGACGUGGUCAGAUUUAUCUAAAGUUAGGUUUUAAUUUAGGUAGAGUGUACACCUCUUACCUGGAGUUUCUACCCUGCGGCCGUCUCGUCUGAACACACCUUUAUUUUUGCUCUAAAAAUGUCUCUCCUGAAUUAGUGUGUAUGUAGUUGCCUGUGCUUCUGCAGACAGCCUCAAGUGGACACUUGAGGAACUGCAGCUUUUAGCACUUCAAAAUAAAAUCACCCCAAUCAGAGCAGUGAAGCCCAUAGUUGAGCAUUUUCACAGUUUUUAGCUUUGGAGGGUAAAUUUUAAAUCCAGGAUUCAGCUUUAUGAGGAUUUUAUGCUUCUGUUUUUCAGGCCACCAAGGACCCCAAGGUAGUGGAUCGGAUUUUGACCGACCUGGAUGAAAACAAAGAUGGAGAGGUGGAGUUCCAGGAGUUUGUGGUCCUGGUUGCUGCUCUCACUGUCGCCUGUAACGAGUUCUUCAUUGAAUUAAACGAAAAAAAAAAUGCAAAUAAGGCCUGA